GUCUAUUGUCUAAGCCAGAUAGAAAAGAUACUUGAAAUACAGUCCAAAACUGCUCACCAUAAUCCUGCAACCAGUACGCCACCAGCCAUCAAUGCAACAACUAAAGACGCCGUCACACGAGAACCCGAGGAACCAUCCACAGCCUCCGGCUUAUCAUCUUUAUUGCCCUCUCCCUUCUCUUCGUCCUUAUAUUUAUCCUCAAUUGCAGCAGAAGUCCCAGUGAUUUUAGCUUUCAGAGUGCUGCAUGCAUCAGGUCCAACUGGCACAAGAUCAGUGAUAGCAGGAUCAUCACUGCAAGCCUCCCAUACUACCCGAUAUUCAGAAACAUGUUCCGCCUGCCAGCUGGUCCAUUCAGAAGCCCACUUCGAGAACCCCUCAGCUGACGAUCCAGUGAUGACAGGAAGUUUGCAAGGGUCUUGGGUGUUGUAGAGACUUCCGAGGGCAAAGGAUACGCCCAGCUCAGACAUAUCCAUGGGAGGUCCUGGGGCGCCGGUAAUUGACAGGGAGUCUAUGAGCGCCCAGCAUGAUGGUGUCGUAAGAGAUGGACGUGAAAUCGUCAUGAUAAGUCAACGUCAGCCAUUGCCCUAUGAUAAAAUUUCCAUCUUUAAGAGCCUCAGCGCGCUCACUACCCUGUUGGGCGGUUUACUCUUUCACCCGAAUUCAAUUGAGAAGAUCUGGGAGAAGCUGCGCGAGCGCAUUGAGGCACUCGUUGAUUCCAAGAUCACUGAAACUCAGAUGGACAUUCUGAGGAAGAAGAUUCGAGGUCUCCAAGAUAAUAUGGAAAAUUACACACAGAUCUGGGAAGACUUCAAGGAUUCGUCGGGUGAGGAAAGAAUUAGAGCAAGAGACACGCUCAAGACGACUCACAUCGCUUUUUUAAGCGUGGUAAGGGCUGCCAUUCCCGAGUUUCGGGUCGAACGCUUUGCAGUGCCUUCUCUUCCCUUGUUUGCUCUUGCAGCCAACAUCCACCUCAUGCUAUUAUCUGAUGGAAUCAGGCAUGGCAUAGCCUGGGGCUACUCGGAAAAGAACGUCAACACCAUGCGUGCCGAGUUUAAGAGGAAAACGUCGCCCAAAAAUGUCGUUGGGCCGGCAGGCAACAUUGUGUCGGAACAGAGCCAUCUACUCAAAGGAGCUAUUGCCACAGCCGUCGACCUGGAAAUGCCAACUAAGAUAGUCGAUACUUGGAAGGACGCAUAUUCUGACCUUGUUGCUCCUGCGUCAGGAUCCACUGGGGAUGAGGACAGUUAUGAUGAUCUCGACUAUGCAACCUACGUCAAUAAGGUCUAUCAUAAAGGGCGCGGACAAGUCAAGCCUUACCGUGCGGAGCUUAACGACUAUGACAACAGAGGAAGCGCAGCUGCAGCCAAACUCAGGGCCUACGCAGACUACGACUCCGGUAUGGUCAUGAAUGUACUCAACUACGCCGAAUAUUGGCCAUACCUGGCGGGAGACAAGAUGCCCGAGUCCGUCUUGAAAAGAUUGGACCGAGAGAUCUUCUUUGGCCCGUUUGGCCGUCACACGGCCCAUGCUGCAUGGAGCGACUCGAGUGAAGCUCCCAUCACCGACCGUAGUCCUCGCAUCACUUCCGCAUACGUGAGGGGAUGGGAUGACGUUGAUGGAUUGCAGAUGAGGUACGGAGACUCCUGGGGUCAUGCCUAUGGAUCGACUACUGGGGGUGCGCCCAAACAACUUGACCUCGCGGAGGACGAAUACUUCUAUUGGGUUAGUGUUUAUUACGGGCAAAAACUCGGAAAGGUCAGGUUCUGGAACAAUAAGGAUAAGGCUUUAGAAUGCGGCAGUGCAAAGCAUGGAUCAUACUAUGGCUAUGCUGCACCACCAGGCUAUAGGUUGACAAGUGCCUAUAUUACUAAGUGGGAACGCUCAACUCCACCAGGUUGUGAAGGUAUUAUCCUGGGCUUCAGACCAUCCAUAAUCGAGUUUACGCCUAACUAA